CUCACAUCACAAUGUCUGGCUCCUAUCGUGGUUCUUCGGGUCGCGGUGGCUCGGGUCGCGGUGACUUGCCCUACCGAGGUGGUCGAGGCGAUGGACCUCGCCAAGGUGGUCCUCAAGGUGGUAGUGGAGGUUACUCCGGCCCUCCUUCUGGGUCCGGUAAAAUGCUACAGGGCGAUGCGAAAAUCGAGGAUAAGGUGCAACAAUUCGAGGACAAAUGGAUUGCCGCUGCUAAGGCGCCAUCCCGACCCAAGGCCGGCGAGAUGGCUACACGUCCUGGCUAUGGUACCAAGGGAAAACCCCUAGUUGUGCGCGCCAACUACUUCGAUCUGGAACUGAAACCAACGAUCAAGUUCCACUCGUACAUUGCUAAAAUCUCACCCGAGCCGAAGCCCAAGCGGCACUUGCUCCAGAUCUGGGACCAUGUCCUUGCAAUUUCGAAGAUUGCCCAAGCUGGUGCUGCAUCAGACAGGGCCACUGAAUUGGUGACUUUGAAUGACCUUGGAGACGUGCCUACCCUAACAGUCAAUAUCCCUGACGGUGAUCGUGAUCAGAAGGUUUACACGGUCAAACUGACUGCAAACGCCGUGAUCGACCACCAAGCAAUUAUCACCCGCCUCCGCAAUCUAAAUGAGCGGGGCGCCAUUCCCGAUGAGGCUGUUAUGGUGCGGCUCUUGAACAUCCUUAUGGCUGCCCAUCCCGGUAAAGAUGAUGGUAUCACUACGCUUGGCAAGGGUGGUAACAACAAGUUUUACUGGAUUGACCACCGGAAACAGUUUCAAAGUCUCCCGGGUGGUCUGGAGUGCCUGCGUGGUUACUAUGCUAGCGUGCGUCUUGCUGCCGGCCGUGUCCUCCUCAACUUGAGUGUCAACCACAGCGCGUUCUACCGUGCUGGUCCAUUGGUAGAGCUGUGGGACGCGUUUGUGGCCAUCUAUGGUGCCGAUUGUCCGCUCUUCGGUAGAUACGUCAAGACCCUUAGAGUUCAGUGCACUCACCUCAAGGACGACCUCGACAAGAAGGGAAAGGUCCCUCGUGUCAAGACCAUCUGGGGUGUUGCGGAAAAGGAUGAUGGACGGGACGAAGUUCUGAAGCCCGAGGUUCCCGAAACCGGGGCCGACGCUUACAACGUCAAGUUCUACUUGGAUAAGAGAAAAAUAAGCGUCGCCCAGUACUUCAAGGAGAAGUACAACCUGACUUUGAAACACGGCGACAAGCCAGUGUUGAACGUCGGCAACAAAGGUAAACCUGUCUAUCUCCCCAUGGAUGUCUUGGUUAUCCCCGAAGGUCGAGUCUUCCGCGGCGAAUUGAGUACUACUCAGCGCCAGGGUAUCAUCGGGUUCAGUUGCCGAGCACCCUCACAGAAUUACGACUCGAUCAUCGAUCACGGCCUGGAGAUCGUUGGAGCCAAGGGUGACCACACAAAGCAGUACGGAAUCAGGGUCUUGCCGAACAUGCUUGCUGUGCCUGCUCGAAUUCUAAGUCCUCCUACCUUGAAAUACUCAGGUAGCAAGCAGGCACCUGCGGAUGGCCAAUGGAAUCUGCGGGGGAAGAUCUUUACCACCGGUGCCAGAGUGGAUCUUUGGGCUGGUGUCGUGAUGUCGACUGGUCCUCCUCCUCGCGGUGAUGCUCUGGUAGAUUUCCGGAAAUUCGAAAACAUGAUGAACCAGUGCGGCAUGAAGGUCAAUGGCCUCAUUCAGAACGUUUUCCACAUCCGGCUUGACAUGAGAAACCAAAGGGACAAUCUCGCCAAGGUCGAUGAUAUGUUCGCCAAGUUGAAGCAAAAAAGGGUCGACCUUGCUGUCAUUGUCAUGCCCCUGGGGAUGGAGCGGGUCUUUGACCAUAUCAAGUGGCGUGGAGAUACCAUGGAGGGUGUUGUGACUCACUGCUUCAAUACUAAGAAGUUCUUUGUGGACAAGGACAAUUCUCAGUACUGGGCCAACAAUGCCAUGAAGGUCAAUCUUCGCUUGGGAGGUGUUAAUCAGGUCCUCGACAUGCCUGCGUCAUCUCCACUAAUUGCGGCAGGGAAGACUAUGGUUGUCGGUCUUGACGUGACCCACCCUUCUCCUACUGAUCCCGAUACGUUCCCCAGCAUUGCUUCCAUCGUCGCUAGCACCAAUGCGACCAUGGGUCAGUGGCCCGGCCAAGUGAAGAUCCAGCAGCGCCGCAUGGAGAAUGUUGUUGACUUGGCUGAGCUGUUGAAGACCCGUCUUCACCGUUGGAAGAAAGAGAACAAAAAUGCAUUGCCUGAGAACAUAUUGAUCUUCCGUGAUGGUGUCAGCGAAGGACAGUACGACAUGGUUCUGACGGAUGAGCUGGUCAAAGUCAAGAAAGGUUGCCAGGCACUCUAUCCUUCUGAAAAACAACCUAACAUCACGAUCUUGGUUGGUGGAAAGCGUCACAAUACACGAUUCUUCCCGACCAAGAUCGCCGAUAUGGAUAGAAAAGCGAACUGCCGUAACGGCCUUGUGGUUGAUCGAGUCAUCACCCGCCCUCACCUUUGGGAUUUCUACCUCCAGGCGCAGGCGCCGUUGCAGGGCUCGGCUCGAUCAGCUCACUAUGUCGUUAUUUGGGACGAGAUCUUUGUCAACCCCGGCAUGCGCUCUGUAAUUGGCAAUAACCCUACGGAUGCCAUUCAAGAGCUGACCCACAUCAUCUGUUACAUGAUGGGUCGCUGCACUCGUUCGAUUAGCUACAGCACUCCUGCUUUCCUGGCCGAUCGGUUCGCUGAUCGUGCUCGCAAGUAUGUCCGUGCCUACUACUUCGAGCACCAGGCUGUCCGUGGAAAUUUCCGCCCGGCUGCUCCUCAGGAUUCAGUCACUCGUUUGGCGCCCGACCUCUCGGAAACUAUGGUCUACAUCUAAAGCAUGCAUUGCCAAGCUUUUAUCUUCUCUUUGCGCUUGAUCAUCAGUUUACCUUGCAUCAGCUUAUCUUGACGAAGCUCAAGUUGCACCAUGGAUAUUGGAAUUUCGGGACUCAAGCAUAUGCUCCUUGAUUGGCUUUACCACUGGGGAAACGCCAAAAAAGCGGAUAUGAUCUGGGAAGAGGGAUUUGCUUCGAACGUGGAAAAAACACAAACCUCAAAACAUACGGAAAAGGUGGAAAACUUACAAAAAAAGCGGAUGGUGCUGAUUCUUGUGUUUGAUUGCAUGUUUUGCUGAUUUCAGGUUUUCAGAUUGAUGUCUUGAUGCGUUGAUAAAACUACAAAAUACAAAAAAAAAG